AUGGCUGAAACCAAGCCUCCAACAGCAGCGACUAUCAGAAGCAAACCUUUCCCAGAGGCUCUCUACAAUCUACUCAAAUUUGUGGAAUCGAACGAUCACGAACAUAUAAUAUCGUGGGUGAACGAUGGGAGGGCACUUCAAGUUCAUCUUAAGGAAGAGUUCGAGAAUGAAUUACUGCCAAGGUAUUUCAACACUACGAAAUAUAACAGCUUUACUCGAGCGCUAUAUGCCCAUGGAUUCACUUGCCAAAAGAAGGGGAGUCGAACUGGGAUUUACUCACACCCAAGCUUUAAUCGCCAGAAUAUGUGGGCCCCAUGGCUUAUAAAGAGAGCAAAGAGCAAGAGAAAUGCAAAAGGAGCAGCCUCAAGAAGCGAUACUUCUGAUUCUCUCUCUGAUUCAGCACUGAGUGGCCGCCUACCAAAGCUAAGGCCACGGAUUUCCGAAUCGAUGUUGGAUACCGGGACACGGAGCAAUACAUCGGGUCAAAUGCCCGUUGCAGGUCAGCAGCAUCAAGUGAUUUGCUCUCAAGUAUCUCAUCGCGCAAGUAAGACGCCAUUACAUCUUCCACAAUUGGCUGGCCAACUUGAUAGCGACAAUGAUAGUGCUCGCAUGGAACCCCAAGCCCCAAGCCCUUCUUUAAAUCCUUCAAGGAACCAAGAAGAUGAUGGCAAGUCGGCCAUCGCAGCACCGACCAUUUCUUCUUGCAUUCCUCUGAGUUCGAAGACGAUUACGACUGACCAAGACCAAGAUCGAAAAAAUCAACUCGCUCGGAGUUAUGGGGCGCUGCUGGAUGAUCAUAUAUCACCAAUCCCCUUCUCGUUAGACGCGCAAGACCUUGUCACACCCAACAGCGCGAUUGAUUUUUAUCCUUGCGAUAAAGUGUUGGCAUUCUCUUUGGAGCCAAGAAGCAUUCAGGAGAUGUCGCAACGUCCAAAUAAUUUAUGUGAAUGUGACCAUCUUUCGAGUAUAGGAUAA